GUUAGGCGAGCAGCAGCAUGCUCUCACUUACUGACAGCGAGGGAAAACAAAUGAGAGAAAUAUUUGGAGCACAACAGAAAUGAGCCAUGCGAGGAGCGGUGUGUUGAUCGUGUGGUUGUCCCGCAAUGAGCGUUCGACCUCCGGACCGGUGUGCACGUGACAUGAGGGCAGCCUGGAUCCUGACUGUGAGCACCCUCAUCACCGCCCAGACUGCGCGAGGAUCACCGCUGGUCUCGGACCCUGGGGUUUUUCUUGAAAAGUACGGCUACCUCCAUACGGACAAGCACGUCCACGAUGCAGUAGAGAUGCAGUCAGCUAUCUGCGAGUUCCAGUGGUUGUCCCGGCUUCCUGUCACAGGCGAGCUUGACAGCGCCACCCUGAGGCAGAUGGCGGAGCCCCGCUGUGGGGUGUCGGAUGAGGGCAGCCAGGAGAUCUGGGCUCAGAGAGUAAAUGCCAUCUUCACUGGAAAGAGCGCCGCUCUCAGACGACCGCAGCGCCGCAGGAGGCGCUCUGCUGCGCAAGCUGAGAAGUGGUACAAACGUCAUCUGACCUACCAGAUAGUGAAUUGGCCUCGCCACCUGUCUCUGGGCUCCGUGCGGCUGGCAGUGCGCGCUGCCUUCCAGCUGUGGAGCAACGUGUCGGGCCUGGUGUUCCAGGAGGCCCCUGAAGGCCCCGCAGACAUCCGGCUGGCAUUCUACGAGGGAGACCACAACGACGGGGCCAGCAAUGCCUUCGACGGACCAGGAGGAACGCUGGCUCACGCCUUCCUGCCUCGCCGGGGGGAAGCCCACUUCGACAUGGCGGAGCGGUGGACGCUGAACGGACACAAGGGACACAACCUGUUCAUGGUGACUGCCCACGAGAUCGGACACACUCUGGGACUGGAGCACUCCCCCAUCCGCCACGCCUUAAUGUCCCCGUACUACAGGAAACUCGGCCGCAGCCUGGUGCUGAGCUGGGACGACAUCAUCGCAGUGCAGCAGCUGUACGGUAAGCCGUCAGGUGAUCGGCCUGUGAGGCUGCCUGGACAGGUUUUGGACGCCGCUCUGCAGGAGUGGGAGUUCGCAGAGCUUCACAAUGAGCACCAGACCACAGGGCAGCCUCUCUACUGCCAGGGUGUCUUUGAUGCCAUCACUAUGGACCAGAAUCAGACAGUGCUGGUGUUUCGGGGCGGUGUGUACUGGACAGUAUCAGCUGAGGGCAGUGUGAGUGGCCCGCUGCCUCUCCGUCAGCGCUGGUCGGACCUCCCUCCGGCCAUUGAGGCUGCUGCCUUCUCCCCACUGGACUCCAAGUGGUAUUUUUUCAAAGGAAAGCGGAUGUGGCGCUUCACAGACAGUGUGCUGGACCACGGCUUCCCCAGGAAGAGCAGUGAGUUGGGGCUGCCUCGACACCCUGACUGUGCCUUCUACUACGCUCCUCUGGGUCACAUGGUCCUCUUCAAGGGCUCCCGGUACUCUGUGCUUAACCUCAAAACUCUGCACCAAGAGCCCUACUACCCCCGCAGGCUGACAGACUGGACUGGUGUGCCACAGGGGACCAAUGGGGCGCUGACCCGCCCCGACGGACGCCUCUACCUGUUCAGAGAACAGCGGUUCUGGAGAUUUGACCCGGUCAAGGUGCGAGUCACCAGAGAGGGCCAGUGGGCCAAGGAUCUGAGCUGGACUGGUUGCAGCAACGCUCCUCAGAGCAACAACAUUAUUUGACCAGCAGAGGGCGCUGUAAGAUUAAGAUAAAGUGUAAUUUGUCAACACCAGGAUGUAGGUGCUCUAACUUUUUCAGAACAAAUCCACAUCGAGUUUAUAGAUGUUGCAAAAGGAGCCUAGUUCAGCAAACUCAUGGCAUGAAGGGAUUAAAGACAAAGAAAGCCACUUGCUUUAUACAUUUUGAAGCACAUAUAGUAUUUACACUACAGAGCCAUGGAUUUCACUGCAACUAUAGUCUCAUACAUACAUCUUCUUUUCUCCAGUAGUAUUUACACACAGACAGAGAAACCAAAAUAUUUGUCUUAAUAUUUCUUCUGCAAUGUCACAACAUAUGUAACCUUUUGUAUAAAUGACUGUUACUAAGUUUCCAGGGUGCUCAACAUCAUGUGAGGUCACGUUUCUGAUUCACAUCUGUCAAAGCCGGUAGAUGUUUAGAUCCAACUGUUGGACAAUAGGAUGAGUACGUCGUAGAGAUGAGUGGUGGACGUUAUCACAAAGCUGUGAUGCAUUUUAAGAAACAGAUCAGCCCUAAUGAUUCAACUGUAACCAUUCAACCAAAAAUGUUGUGUGGUUUGUGACUGAAGGACAGACAACAGUAGUUUGACACGGUGUGGUUAUAAAUCGGUGACACAUCCAUCACUGCAGGCAGAGCAGUCGUUUGUCAGCCCGACGUAGAUCAUUUAUUACUCAGCUCGCUACAAAACACAGUGAUGGCAAACUUUUUGUUGUGUAGAAAAAAAGACACGCACACAAAGUUAGCCAUCAUAACCUGACUACAACACAAAGUUGUUUAAUUUAUUUAUCUUUUAAUGCUAAGCCUCAGACAUUUUCUCUGCUUCACUGAACAUUUUAAACACUAAGACUCACAGCUGAUUCUUCCUUGAUAAUCAUGCUUGCUUUUUCCAGUAACACUCAUUUACAGUAAACAGUUAAAAACCUUAAAUGAUAUGCAUUUGAUCAAACACUGUCCAUAAUGCACAAGUGAAUACCAGAUUCAGGUUCAUCUGUUCAUCCACGACUGAAAGUUUGAGUCAACAGUAGAAGAUGUAAAGUCAUCGGUGUUGUAGAGACUAAUAAGACCCGACUCAGGAGGUCAUUAAAUGCAUAGUACUUUCCUCUCCUCAAUACAAUAGUCUUUUAUCAGACUGGUCUCUAAACGGCUAUAACUCUACAAUGAUCCUGAGCACUGUGCCAAAACGUCAUGUUGCCAUCUGUACCUGAUCCGUUCGAUACAUGUAAAGGUUUCACUUAAGUUAAUCUGUCUGCUGAUCCUCCAGCUUACUGUGGCCUUACAGUAAUUAACAUUUCUGAGGUCCCAGGACACAUGUGGGCUUUUUGAGACACCAUAUAUAUUACUUAUGGUUA